AUGGCUUCCCUUACCAAUCCCGCGAUUCCCAGAGGGUCACUUGUCCUAGUGACAGGCGUCAAUGGAUACCUCGGUUCGCAUGUUGCAGACCAAUUUCUUCAUUAUGGCUACAAUGUUCGCGGUACCGUUCGUGAUGUCGCCAGCAAUGGCUGGCUCUGCGACCUGUUCGAGGGCAAGUACGGCAAGGGAAGAUUCGAGCUCGUGGCAGUGCCAGACAUGAAUACCGAGGGAGCAUAUAACGAGGUGGUGAAAGGGACGUCGGCCUUCAUCCACGUUGCCGCUGUUGUCGGGUUUACACCCAACCCACACGAGGUGAUCCCGAUUACCGUUGCAGGCUCCCUCAACGCAUUGAAGGCAGCCUACGCCGAGCCCGGCGUCAAACGGUUUGUCUUGACCUCGUCCUCGUCAGCGGUCGUCCCCGCAGACCCCGUGACGUAUAAACAACAACCCCAUGUCAUCACGCACGAUACUUGGAGCGCGGAUGCCGUCGAGCUAGCGUAUGCCCCUCCGCCGUACACACCGGACCGCAGCAUCAUCGUCUACAGUGCCAGCAAAGUCGAGUCUGAGAAGGCGGUGUGGGAGUAUCACAAAGAACACCGACACGCACGACCGGACCUGGUUGUCAACGCGGUCCUUCCGAACACAAACUUUGGCAAGUGCCUCGAUGUGGCAAACCAGGGCUACCGCACGAGUGCAAGAUUCAUACUUUGCCUCUGGAAAGGUGUUGCGAUCCCAGAAGCCGCCAGAACACCUUAUUACUUUGUAGACGUACAGGACACCGGCGUACUUCACGUUGCGGCGGCUGUUCUGCCAGAGGUCCAAGACGAGCGCAUCUUUGCGUUUGCAGAGCCGUUCAACUGGGAUAGAGUGCUGGCUAUCCUGCGUCAGCAGAACCCCGAUCAUUCGUUUGGCGAUGAUUUUGAGGGCACGGAGUUUCCGCAUACCAUCGAGCCCAGAGACAGAGCAGAGACUUUGUUGAAGAAGAUGGGUCGUCCGGGAUGGACUUCCUUGGAAGAUAGUCUCCUGAAUAACACGGAGAGCCUGCGCAAAGUCGAAACCUCACCGGUAUCGUGA